UUCUAGUAACGCUUCAACAUUACAAAAUAACAUUCAAAUUUCAGCUACAGACAAUAAUUUUUAUCAAAAUUCAGUUAAGUUUAAUCUAAAUUCAGAAGAAUCCCUGCAAACCUAUCAAGUUUAUGAGAAUAAUUUUGAAAAUUAUAAUGAUUUUGAUAAUAAUUUAGAAGUAGAUAAAUUUGGAAGUGGGUUCAAAUUGGAGAAUAGUUCAGGGCGUGAAGAUGAAUUG